GUAAUAUCAGCAUCCUUUGUUGAUAUAUUGAAAACGAGAUUGAACCUCCACCGUAUUACAAAUUGCAAAGAUUAUUAUAGGUCGAUAGACCUAUCCUUAUUACUGAGGACUGAAGACUGAUAUGAGCAUGCAUGGGUUUGAGCGCCAAAUUUAGUAGAUCCGUUACGAGUGGGUUGGAGGUUUCGCUGCAAAAAUGGUCAGACUCCUUAGUAUCCGUCAAAUGGGAUUAACUAUGAGGUCCGUUUCCAGAGGAAUGUCAGUUUCUGCUCGUCGUCUUAAGGCAGAUGUUGUUGUCAUUGGAUCGGGUCCGGGUGGAUAUGUUGCCUCCAUUAAAGCUGCACAAUUGGGCCUGAAGACAGUGUGUGUAGAAAAGAACGACACUUUGGGCGGUACUUGCUUAAAUGUUGGUUGUAUUCCCAGCAAAUCGUUGUUAAAUAAUUCUCAUUUAUAUCAGCUCGUCAAUUCCUCAGAGAUGCAACACCGUGGAAUUGAUAUUGGAAGUUUCAAGCUUAACCUACCUGCUAUGUUGAAAGCUAAAGAAAAAGCUGUUUCAAGUCUAACUGGUGGGAUAGCAUACCUAUUUAAGCAAAACAAGGUUGAUCAUGUAAAUGGUUUUGGUUCGAUAGUUAACCCCAACGAAGUUUUAGUCAAAAAAGCUGACGGAAGUGAAGAACGGAUUGCAACUGAACGUAUUCUUAUUGCAACAGGCAGCGAAGUCACUCCAUUCCCUGGGAUUGAUAUCGAUGAACAGUCUAUCGUAUCAAGCACUGGUGCGUUGUCGUUAACCAAGGUCCCUCAACAUCUUAUAGUUAUCGGGGCUGGAGUUAUCGGCGUCGAAUUAGGUUCUGUAUGGAAGCGAUUAGGUGCUGAAGUCACUUGUGUGGAAUUCCUUGGUCAUGUUGGGGGUAUGGGCAUCGAUAUGGAAAUAAGCAAGAACUUUCAGAAAGUCUUGACUAAACAGGGUCUCAAAUUCCUUUUGAAUACUAAAGUUUUGUCAGCGUCAAAAUCUGGUGACAUCAUUACAGUACAGUUAGAAGGUGUAAAAGAUGGUAAAUCUCAAAGUAUUAGCUGUGACACCCUUUUAGUGUGUAUAGGAAGGCGUCCUUACACCAAUGGCCUUGGUUUAGAAAAUGUUGGAAUCAGAUUGGACGAGAAAGGUCGAAUUCCCGUUAAUAAAAACUUUCAGACAUCUGUUCCGAAUAUUUAUGCUGUCGGCGACUGUAUACCUGGUCCAAUGUUAGCACACAAAGCUGAAGAUGAAGGAAUAAUUUGUGUUGAGGGGAUGCUUGGUGGUGCUGUACACAUUGAUUAUAACUGUGUUCCUAGUGUUAUCUAUACUCAUCCUGAAUGUGCUUGGGUUGGUAAAACUGAAGAACAAUGCAAAGCAGAAAACAUUCCAUACAAAGUAGGCAAAUUUCCAAUGUCUGCAAAUUCACGAGCUAAAACUAAUGAUGAAACUGAUGGACUUUUCAAGGCUUUAGCCCACAAAGAUACAGACAGACUUCUUGGAGUACACUUACUUGGUCCAUCUGCUGGUGAACUGAUCAACGAAGCAGUAUUAGCUAUGGAGUAUGGCGCUUCAGCUGAAGACGUUGCACGUGUCUGUCAUGCCCAUCCGACGGUGUCUGAAGCUCUGCGUGAAUCUUGUCUCUCUGCAUUCUGUGGCAAAGCUAUCAAUUUCUCAUAGUAUCCAAUAGGCAAUUAAUCAACCUAACGUAUAUAUAUUUAUAUAGGUUAAUACAAUGUGGAAGAAGAUGGUUGUUUUUUUUACUACAUAAUACUCUUUCUACUGAUAAAUUUCAUUUAAUUCCAAAUGGCUUUUAUAUCUUAAAGUCAGGUUGGCAACUACUGUUCUGAGGUGACUUUCUCAAAACACCUAAUUCUUUUCUUCUAUUUUUGUUUGUUUAUCCCUCUGUGUUUUAACUGAUAGUUUAUUUGAUUAGAUUCAUUUUAUUUAGCAUGUUUGUAAAGCAGAAGUUUCUUCUUUUAAAGAACAAUAAAGUAGUUAUUAUAAUGAAUAUACUUAAGUAUCAAAUAUUAUUCGUCUUUAAAUUCUUAAUAUAACUAUAAAAUUAUUUAUUAAAAAAUUAAAACACUAAUGUAUAUGCAGUAUUUUACGAAACAGAUUGGUCGAAACAACAAUCUGAAAUCUCACAUAUUUUUAAAAUUUUUAAUUUAAUAAACAUAAUUUUUAGUACAACUGGUCAACAAAUAGAGCAUGAGCCACACAAAUGGAAAUAACAUUGUGAAGAAGUGAAGAACAAUGAAGGAGUACAGUGAGAAAAAUAGUAUACAACCAGAGAUACAAUUUAGUUAAACAUACAAUCAAGGACUUCUUUCAACUAAAGAAGUUUCUUUUUAUAUAAAGAAUGUCAAAGAAAACUACAACAGGAUUGUUCCGGGUUUCUAAACUGAACCAUUUCUGAUAACUAAUCAACUCACUGAGUUGCAUCAUCUCCAGAUAGAUAAUCUUAACUUAUGAUAUUCAUUAGACUGCAGUUACUUGUCGAUGGCACUUGGUAUGUUUUUCGACUUCAGUGCUCAGUCUAUAGGUUGUCUCAAUAUGAAAAACGUUAUGCUUUCCGAUUAUCUACUGCCACACAAUAGUGGGGGGUCAAUAUUUAUCAUCGCUGUCAUUGGACCGUAGGCAUUUAUUUGUUUUUACAGCCAUUUACACACGUCUACCGUUAUUAACAGUAGUAUAUGAUUCCAUGGUUUAUAUGAAAUUACGGUUUGUGGUGAAGCACGAAGUCUCUUAUUCAACUGUGGCAGGUUCGAGCCUUUCGAUGUAUGAGUGACUCGCCUCCGAAUGCUCCUGUUCGACUCUAGAUGCUCAUUACUGAGGAAUCCCAAACCAGUUUGAAACAACUCAUGCUCACUGGUUUUUUAAUAUUUUUAUGGUUGAUAUCGAUUUGUCACACAAACUACCUUCAAAAUGACAUCCUCAAAUACUUAGAUAGUUAGAUUGCCAUCGUAUGUAGUUAAUAUAUAACUGAUGUAUGUUCUAGAAUUUGUCAUAUCUUGAUAUAAUUAGAUUGUAGUACGAGUAUGGACAAUUGAUUUUCAUUAUCACUCUAAUCUUGUGUUGUGCCUCUUUCAUAUACAACUAUGACAAAUGUGCGUGUGUAUGAUUAGGUCCCUUGAAAUAUAUUGUCUUACGUAUCAUAGUGGUGGUAAUAUAUGUUUUCUUAUUUUUUGUUUGAUAAAUAUGUGAACACACUCAAUGAGAACACUGUUAUUUUGAUCAUAGUGGUUAAAAGUGUAGAAUGGAUGUGUUCCGAUUUCUUAUAGUUUUUACCUUUUAUGGUUAUAAUUUAAAGUCAACUACUCAUUAGUCUUAUCAUAUUCAGUUCUAAGUUGAUCAGUUUCUAUUAGAAGGUAAGUCUGCUGAACUGAUGCAUCGAUAUUGCCUGCAUUUAUAUGACGAAAUUGUAAAUCAAACUAAUACCAAAUCAGUCAUAAUCAACAUAGUCUAGUAUAAACAUGAGUUAGACCAACUUGCCAUAUUUCAUCAGCACAAUCAGAUGUAAUUAAUUAAAGGAAUAGCAAAAUAGUCGAGAUGAUAGUAGUAUAAUUAAUAGUUGGAAAAACUGAAUAUUGAACAAUACUUUGGACCAUUGUAUUUUCUAUGGGAUAUUAAUAAAGCAAAUCAUAAUCAGUUGAAUAAACAUAAAUCAAACGUUUACACUGGUUUAAUUAAAAUUCAUUUAAGAAGCAAAAAUUCCGACAAAUAAAUGCUUAUAUUCUUUAAGUAUAAUACCGGAUAUGGUGAAGAUCACUUGGGUAACAUGAAUCAUGGAUUUGAAAAAAAAUUAGUCAUUUUGUGUCCAUAUAUCAGGAUGAGCUACUUCCAUCUAUUCAAUAAGACCAAUCACUGUUGAUUACCAUUUCGAACUUUCAUCAAGCAAACAUCAGAAAAAUAAUUAUAUCAAGUGUUCGAUCAGGGAGUAUGUAAUAUAUGGAAUGUAUUAAGUAGGAAACAGGUAAAACGGGGUGAGUACAAAUAAGAGUUAUCUAACAUAUAUACAAACAAAAGCAAUUAUCUCAGAUAAACCGGAGUUAAAGAAACACAGAAGGGGAAUAUGUAAGUUAGAUAGGGUGAUCUUAUAGUAGAGUUGACUAUCGCUUUGAACCAGGUCAAUAAAAAAGAAGUAAUAAAAUCUGCUUUUUUGGACCCUACAACAUAUAUGUGAUCAGACGAAGAGUAGAGGAAAACAAGCUCCAUGAACUUAAUACUGUUCUGUCUUAAAUGUAGCACUAAUUUAUAUUUCAACAAGUUCAAGUAAACAAGUGAUGAU